GAUGUUUAUCAAACGUAUUUUUCUGUUUUAGAUAUUACAGAUUUUAAAACACUAUGCAGUCCAACUGGCAGGACGACCUUUCAUUACUGGAGAGUAUGGACUAUAUGUUGACUAAUGAAGUGGACUGUGAUAUCUCAUUUAAGCUUGGGAAGGCGGGGUUAGAUGUAGUCCCUGCCCACAAGUUUGUCCUGGCCAGUAGGAGUUCAGUAUUUAGGGCUAUGCUGUACGGCCCCCUGGCGGAGAAAGGCUGUUUAGUGGACAUUCCAGACGUAGAAAGCGACAUCUUCAAAUGUUUUCUCCGAUAUGUGUACACAGACAAAUGCACUACAACCUCAGACAACGUAACCGCUCUGAUGUAUACAGCCCAUAAAUAUAAUGUCAGGCGACUGGUCAAGGAAUGUGGUCAGUUCAUGAUGGACAACAUGUCGACAGUCAACGUGUGUACCAUAAUGGAGAACGCCAAUUUAUUUGACAAUCGAGAAUUACGUCAGAAAUGUUUGGAGUUCAUACAAAAUCAGUGCACCGAGAUCGUGGAAUCCAAACUUCUCACAAGUUUAGGCCCAGAUUGUCUAGGUGAAGUUCUCAGAUCUGAAGAACUUGAUGCCAAAGAGGAGGACAUCUUUGCUGCUGUUGUGUCGUGGGCUGAUUGCCGAUGUACUGAGAAGUGUUUAGAAGUGAACGGCUCCAACAGACGACAGGUUCUGGGGGAUCUCCUCUACUUAGUCAGGUUUCCGCUGAUGAGCGCUGAUAACUUUGCCAUUAUCUCUGAGCAGAAUACCGGUCUUUUCACAUCAAAAGAGGAAAUUGAGUUAUUGAGAGGACAAAUAACCAAUGACUUCUUGAAGACAUCAUUUUCAUCUGAAAAACGUAAACAGAAAACCUACCCUCAGGAUGUAUGUUACAGAUUCCAACAACACGACAUUAAUCACGGAUGGAAAUACACGAAGCCAGAUGCAUUGCAAUUCAAGGUGUCAGAAGCUGUAGACAUAGUUGGUGUUAUACUUUUUGGCAAUUCGAGUUCCGCGUACAGGGUUCGUGUAGAUAUCUUAGAACUCGGCCAAAUGACUGACACUACUGGGACAUUGACGUCAACAGAGAAAAGUUUUCAGGUACUGUUCAACAAAACUGUUGCUAUCAAACCUGAUACAUAUUAUACGCUGAAAGCAGAUCUACAAAAUGGCCCUCCGGGUUACAGAGGUAGGAACGGAAGGACAAGUGUAAAGUGUAAUUCUACAGUGUUUACAUUCCAAACCGCACCAUCACCUAACAAUGGUACGUCUAACUGUCAAGGACAAUUAUACGGUAUCAUUUUCAGAAAAAAAUGAUACUAUACAGUUGAUUGUUUAUGACACAUCAGAGAAUGUCGACAAUAAAUCAAGACCGUAAUUCAAACUCAAGAUCGUCAAGCCUAGGGCAAAAUAUAAACAGAUACAGAUUUGCAUGGAGCUCCUUGAAUAAGUAUAAGGAGAUUAAGACUUGGCGUUCGGGAGAGAAAGCGUCUGCUAUUUCGACAACGAUCACCGUGCAGAUCUAAGUUGAAUUCGGGAUUAUUAGUGACAUUCUCAAAAUGAGAACUUUGGCGGAGACAACGGAACUAUGCGGCAUAUCAACAAGCAUCAAACACGUCUUACUUCAUAUCGCAAGAAAAUAGAACAUUUCCAAAUGAGAGCAUGCGGUCGACUAUGAAAAAUUAUUUUUUCGUAUGUAGGUAUCCUAUGUUUGCUUGAUAGGUUGAAAGACCGAUAAACAGGAUACUAAUAUUACAAUGACGAUACCGGAUAAAUGAUCACUGAUCAAAAGGGUAUUGACGUUACUGAAGUUUUGGUACAUUUUAACAAAUGUUCACUCCAGACCCCGGUUUCGUCAAAGUACUAUAACUUAAGGCAAGUCAUAUGCUUGAAAUGCUCCUGAGAAGUCAACAAUGAUUUCUUAUUGAAAAGUCUUAUAUUAAGAAAUAUUGACAUACAGCGAUCGAAGGGAAGUAAGUCUUGAAUCAUAUGUAAAUUGGACUCGCUCAAAUAACAUGGAUCAUAGGGGCUAUUUAACACAGACAUGAAAACCUAACUAUUAGUCUGAUUACAAUUGAUAAGAUGAGGCAUAGAAUGAACUAAACAUAUUUACACAGAGACAGAAGGAAAGGUACAGAAUGGUGCAUUUCUGAAGAAAAGGCGUAUUGUGACGAAUUCUGACAAUUAAAUCUAGGUCCAAAAUCAAGGAAAGGUUACUGAGAUUUAAAUCUAGGCCAUGUCCAAAAACAAAGAUUUCUGACAUGUAAAUCUAUAUAAAAAUUCAAAAAC